AUGACUCCGCCGUUCUUCUGCCACACCUUCUGUUCAGCGGGGGCGUUUGUCCCGGUGAACGUAAGCCACUUUCGUGCUCAGUUGAGAAAGCAGGAGACUUGUGAGGAACUUGCUUCGAGGGACGCUUGGGGUCGCUCCAGAAGCAGGGGGAACUGUUUGCAUGGUAAGAACUUGCCGAGCAGGCACCGGCAAGCGUUGCUUUUACUUGGAACGGCGACUGCAGGCUCCAGUGCAGAGGUUCGACACGGCUCGCCAAAGUCGCGAACCACCGAGGCAGUUGAGUUCCUUCUCGCUAAGAGGGCCUCCAUAGACGCCGCUCUUAAUGACGCCGUGCAAGCAACCUCCGUUAUGAAUGCCCGCCUAGCGGAGGCGAUGCGUUACUCUUUGCUCGCCGGAGGGAAACGUGUACGGCCGGCACUCGUCUUAGCUGCGUGCAGAAUGUUUGGAGGUGUCGAUGAACAGGCGAUGCCCACGGCCGUCGCAGUGGAGAUGGUUCAUACAAUGAGCCUCAUUCAUGACGAUCUCCCGGCGAUGGAUAAUGAUGAUUUCCGGCGCGGACGUCCAACAAACCACAAGGUUUACGGUGAGGAAGUAGCCAUCCUUGCUGGGGACGCGUUACUUAGCGAGGCGUUCUCGCAGAUCGCAGAGAAAACUCCAGCAACCCUUGUACCACCGAGUCGCACGCUUGAGGUCAUUAGACGCCUCGGAAACUGUGUCGGCUUACAUGGCUUGGCAGCCGGACAAGCGCUUGAUCUUGAGGCGGAGGGAAAACCAGCAGAUGAGAUCAGCCUACGCAUGCUGGAAACGAUCCAUCUGUACAAAACCGCCGCAUUGUUGCGCUUUUCCAUCACCGCGGGAGCGAUUCUAGCAGGUGCCUCAGUAGAUGACAUUGAUUGUAUGGAAAGCUUUGCGAACAAAAUUGGUCUUGCUUUUCAAGUUGCGGAUGAUGUCCUGGAUGUGACCGCGACGACCGAGACACUUGGCAAGACUGCCGGAAAAGAUGUUGCGGCCGAGAAGGCGACGUUUCCGCGCAUACUUGGUCUUGAAGAAAGCCGAAAGUAUGCUGAAGACUUGGUCAAGGAGGCGAAGGGAGAACUCGCCAAGUACGGCGACCGGGCAUCAUUGCUCUUGGGUUUUGCGGAUUUCAUCAUUCAGCGCGCGAGCUAG